AUGACUGAUCCAGUACCGCAGCAUACUAGAGCAGUAGUAUCAACUGACAGAGGUAAUAAUGGCAGAAGACGCCCACAAGGUGGGCGAAGAGGAAAUCAGAGAUAUCAUGGAGGCUGGGGAAAUGGAAAUACAGUCUAUUUGAAGAGUAAGAAAGAACAUGUAGACUAUCUUCGUAUUGUUCUGGGUGUCCUGGGGAAACAGAAAUUGUAUGCAAAAUUUUCCAAGCGUGAAUUCAGGUUGUCUUCAGUUGCCUUAUUGAGGCAUGUGGUUUCAAAAGAAGGGAUGAUGUUGAAGGUUAAUGAAAGGAACUACCCGAUGCAUGAUUUGGAAUUGGCAGCAGUAGUAUUUGCUCUUAAGAUUUGGCGACAUUACUUGCAUAGUGUCAAGUGUGAAGUGUAUGCUGAUUAUCGCAGUCUACAUUAUGUGUUCACUUAG